AGACAACCACCCAACAUGGCCGACGACCGUGCAACAUCGCCCAAAAGACGCAGGGAAGACGAAGACGAUGGUGUUGGCUCGCCUCCGCGCAAGCGCUCCGCAUCGCAAACGCCGCCCAAUGGCUCUCCAGGUUUUAGGCUCGCCGAACGGCCACGCCGCUAUAGCAGAGACCAGGGCGAAGACGACCGAGAAUACUACAGAGAUCGGAGGAGCCCUCGGUCAAGAUCGCGAUCACACACACCUUCACAUUCGCGAUCAAGGUCCGGCUCUCGAACAUCUUCUCAACACCGCUCCGCGAGCCCGCAAAUGACCCCACCUCCACCGAAGCCCACACAACUACACUACAAACAGUCCCUGAUCUUACGCGGGCAUAAAAAGGGCGUGACAUCAGUCAAGUUCUCCCCCGACGGCCGCUGGAUAGCAAGCUCCUCCGCAGACUGCACCAUCAAGAUCUGGGACGCCAGAACCGGCGCCCUUGAACACACGCUUGAGGGCCAUCUUGCCGGUGUCUCCACCAUAUCCUGGUCGCCGGACUCCAAAGUGCUCGCUUCCGGCUCAGACGACAAGUCGAUACGACUUUGGGAUAUUGCAACAGGCAUGGCGCACCCAACGCCUUUGAUCGGCCACCACAACUAUGUCUACGCCAUUGCGUUCUCACCCAAGGGCAACAUGCUGGUCAGCGGGUCCUACGACGAAGCCGUUUUUCUCUGGGACGUCCGAGCCGCCCGCGUGAUGCGCUCUCUCCCUGCGCAUUCCGAUCCGGUCGGCGGUGUUGACUUCGUGCGCGAUGGCACGCUCAUCACGAGCUGUUCGCACGACGGCUUGAUACGAGUGUGGGAUACCAGCACCGGCCAGUGUCUGCGCACGCUGAUCCAUGAGGACAACGCGCCCGUGACGUCCGUCAUUUUCUCGCCAAAUGGGAAGUACGUGCUGGCCUGGACGCUGGACUCGAGCAUCCGGUUGUGGAACUACAUUGAGGGGAAGGGCAAGUGUGUCAAGACCUACCAGGGGCACACCAACAAGAAGUACAGUCUUGCCGGCGCGUUCGGAACGUAUGGAGCUGAGCCGCCUUACGAAUACGCGUUUGUGGCUUCUGGCAGCGAGGAGGGGGGCAUCGUCUUGUGGGACGUUAGCACGAAGAAUGUGCUGCAGAGGCUCGAGGGGGGACACUCGGAAGCUGUGCUGUCCGUUGACACACACCCUACGGAGAAGCUCAUCGCGAGUGGAAGUCUGGAUAGAACAGUGCGCGUGUGGAAGGAGACCGUUCCACCACCGGAAGCUGUUCUGGAAACCGUUGUAGAUGCCAGUACGCCUGCCACCGGCUACGACCCGGAAACGCUCCCGCCGAAUCCGUUCACCGAGAGCUGAAUAUCACUCUUUGGAUAAUGCACUGUCUUAGAUACCCCGCUCGAAAACGCGUAAAUAAGAACCAUCUUGAAUUGCUUAUCCC